GAUAAGCUCUUAAAGUUAACGCUAAUGUAUAUAUAAUUAUCAGCUCGAGGGCGAAUUAGGAUUUUCAUUUAAGACAACCAAAAAGAAGAAAUAUGAAAGAAGAGAAAAUAACGAAAAUUGCAUUUUUGCUUAUUGUGGCGCAGAUUUCUUUAGCCAUGGAAUUCGAAACAUUCAAAGCGUUCUCUAACCACGGAAAAGGAAAAAGCAGAGAUAACGGCAGGGCUGUCAACUGUUGUCCAAUUAUUGGUGUGCUCGCUCAAGAUACGGAUGGAAAUGUGACGAAAUUCGGAAGUCAAUUAAUUGCAGCCACGUACGUCAAGUUUAUCGAGUCUGCAGGAGGGAGAAUGGUGCCUAUUUUCAUUAACUCCACUGCCGAAGAAAUUGAAAAGUUGUUUUAUUCAAUUAAUGGUGCCAUAUAUCCCGGAGGUCAUAGCUACUUAGAACGCUCAAACUACACACGAGUAGGGAAACAGAUAUUAGAGCUGGCAAUGAAGAUGGUCGGAGAGCGAGUAGAUCCAAAAAUAACCAUCAUCAGUAACGACAGAAAAAGAUAA